AACCAUACCUAACAAUUGUUCUUACAAAAAUUUGCCAUACGUUUCGCCACAAAUUCAACGUUAAAUCUCUCUCUCCUCUUUCUCUCUCUAGAAUCUUUGAAUGGUAUCCAAAAACCCGAACCCGCCGGAGGGAUUCUACUUGGAUCCGACUGUCAUGGCUCUCCCAGGGAUGCCUCCCUUCGCCUCCGUCUCUGCUGCUGCUGCUGCCGCCGUCUCCGCCUCCAACUCCUCGGAAGAUGCAGCCAAGAAGAUCCGUAAGCCCUACACAAUCACCAAGUCGCGGGAGAACUGGACCGAACCAGAACACGACAAGUUCCUCGAAGCCCUUCAACUGUUUGACCGUGACUGGAAAAAGAUUGAAGCAUUUGUUGGAUCAAAGACUGUUAUACAGAUACGUAGUCAUGCACAGAAAUACUUUCUCAAAGUUCAGAAGAGUGGAGCAAGUGAACAUCUUCCGCCACCCAGACCUAAAAGAAAAGCAGCACAUCCAUAUCCCCAAAAAGCUUCCAGAAAUGCUCCUGUACUCCCACAAGUAUCAGGAUCUUUUCAAUCUUCAUCUUCUUUGCUUGAACCUGGAUAUAUCCUGAAAAAUGAUUCCCCAGCAAUGCUUAAAAUUCCUAUGAACACUGUGGUGUCAUCCUGGUCAAACAACACCUUGCAAACUGUCAAUUUAUCCCCUGUGACAAAAGUGAACAAUCCUUGCAGUAGUGGUGAAAGCACUCCUAAAGUGCGCCCAGCUGUUGAAUCUCAUGGUCAAGGACCUCAUCAAGGGAAUAAAAUCCAUCCAUUGAGAGUUCUUCCAGAUUUUACUCAGGUAUAUGGUUUCAUAGGCAGUGUAUUUGAUCCAAAUGCAACUGAACAUCUGCAGAAGCUAAAAAAGAUGGACCGUAUAGACGUUGAGACAGUGCUACUGCUAAUGAGAAACCUGUCUAUCAAUUUAACUAGCCCAGAUUUUGAGGAUCAUGUAAGUAUUUAUGUCCCUGAUAUUUAGAUUGCUAUAAAUAUGUAUAUGUCAUGAUGAAUAAUUAUAUAAGUACCGUUUGUCUUUAUAAU